AUUCAAAUUCAAAUAUAUACUAAAUUAUUAGCAAAUAAACAUAAAAUAUCAUCAACAAUGGGCGAACUUACAGAGGAGCAGAUUGCAGAGUUCAAGGAGGCCUUCUCGCUGUUCGACAAGGAUGGAAGUGGAUCCAUUACCACCCGCGAGCUGGGCGUUCUAAUGCGCUCCCUGGGACAAAACCCCACCGAGGCCGAGCUGCAGGAUCUGGUGAACGAAGUGGACAUCGAUGGCAAUGGCGAGAUCGAUUUCAACGAAUUCUGCUCCAUGAUGAGCAAGCAGAUGCGCGAGACUGACACUGAGGAGGAGAUGCGCGAGGCCUUUAAGAUCUUUGAUCGCGAUCUCGAUGGCUUCAUCUCGCCGGCGGAGCUGCGUUUCGUCAUGAUCAAUUUGGGUGAAAAAGUCACUGAUGAGGAAAUCGACGAGAUGAUACGAGAGGCGGACUUUGAUGGUGAUGGCCUCAUAAACUACGAGGAAUUCGUUUGGAUGAUCAGCCAAAAAUAGGCACACGCUCAACGACACCCCUAUACUUUUUGAAAAUAUUAAAGCACUAAAGCAAAA